AUGGUGAACGUAUUCCAACUAUUCACACGACAUCGAGCUCCGAGCUCCAGCAGUGGUCCACCAAACCAACCUGACGCAGAUAAUAAUGGCCCUAAUUCUGCAGCUGCUCAUCCACACGGAGCUCAACGCUCGCUCAGCAUUAGCUCUGGCAAACGCAGCCAGCGAUAUGAAGAACCGUCUCCUCGACGACUCAUCCUGAUCUCCGAUACUGCGGAAUUUGACACUCACGUUGUCCACCGCUUCCAGGGAGAAGGGUUUGAUGUGACAUACUUACCCUUCCUGGGCAGCGGAGAUGCAGAGAAAGACCGCAAAGCGCUCGAGCAUGCGGUGCAUGAAAAAGAGGAUCAGCUCGAGACUGGGGAGCGGUAUGCGAUAGUCGCAUACCAUCGCCCUGCCUAUCUUCUUUUAUCCUCCCACCACCAAACACACAGCAAGACAAAUCCAUUUCCCCGCCUAUGCGCCUUGAUAGCCUACUACCCUCUCCCCUCUACAGACCAGUUUACCUACAAGCAAAAGAAUGACUGCUCGCCACCCGGCUGCUCAGACACGACUUGUAUAUUCGAGCCAGCUCCCAAAUCAACAUUCCUCCCAAUCCAGGUGCAUCUUCCCGGCCCGCGUGUUCAGCCCUGUGCACUUUGGCCAUGGAUUAGCCUGAGCGCUUCGGAAGGCGAUGUCACCUACAAAAAGAAACACCGCUGCCAUGUCUAUGUGUACCCGGGAUCCAGGGCCGGCUUCGCAGAACGGGAGAUUCACGACGAGAAGGUCGGGGAGAUAGAUGAGACCCUGAUUGCAGAAGAUGAGAUUACCUCCCAGCUGGCAUGGAGUCGCGUGCUGGGGUGUUUACGACGCUCCUUCAACGUUGGCAGCCACUGGGCCGUUGUUGAUAUCGAGACUGUUUGGGAAGAGUAUUGGGACCGAGUUCUCGGCGAACUCGAGACACGAAAACAACACAAAGAACGGAAUUACGAGCAUGCCGUUGACAUGUUGACUGGACAUGGCCAUUACGGAGAAGUUGGAUGCCCUGCAGGCGAGUCGUCUAUAGAUUGCGUUCCUACCGCGGCUGGAGGAUUUAAUAUCUCCACCCUCAGAGUUUUCUUCGAUCAUGUGUUCCUUCCCAAUGGACCGGAUGAUCAAGAUAUCCGCCUUUUAUCACGCACUGUAGGCACUGAUCAGAUCGCGGACGAGGUGUUGUUUUCUUGCAGACAUACUGCUGAGAUUCCAUGGCUGCUACCUGGUGUUCAACCAACAAACCGAGAUAUCAAGGUGAUCUUGAUUGUGGUGGCAAACUUCUGCGCCGGCCAGAUCACACGCCAGAGUCUGUAUUGGGAUCAAGCGAAUGUCCUUGUGCAGGUUGGAUUGCUGGACCCGGCACUUGUGCCAUCCUCACAGGCUCUCGAGGGUUGA